AUGUUUAUUUUCAUGGGAUUCUUCUUCAUUCUUAACAUUCCACCUCUCAUGGCCAAUUUCAUUGAUCCCAGAUGCUUUUGGAGAAUAAAUUUGAAUGAAAUAAAGGAUAGACAUUUGGGAUUAACUUGUACUUUCAUCCUGGCAGCCAUUCAGAAACCUAUUAAGAAAGAUUAUUUGAACAAGACUCUGAAUGUCCUAAAAACAGCUAAAAACCACAAAUAUGCUUUGGCAUUGGCCUUUGCAAUGGAUGAAAUCAACAGGAAUCCUGACAUUUUACCAAAUAU